GCGUAAUAAUUGGCAAUGGAUAUGUCUAUUGGCAACUUUUCAAGACCCGUUUAACACUUUUCCGGCAGACUUUUACCCAAUUCGUCGAUCCCAAGACAUCGUCGUCGUCAAAUUCCGAUCUCCAUGGAACCCAAAACUUCAAUCGUCUCAUCUUCAUCAUCCAAACCUUCAAACCCUAACCCUAACCCUAAAAACAGAGAUUUCCUAAUCCAUCUCGAAGCUUACCUCGCCAAACGUGAUGGCGUUGACAAGUUGCUCAAAAUCUCCCGUUACGCAUCUAAGAUCAUCCUCGCAUCCUCCGUUAUCCCUGAAUCCCUUCCGUUAUCUCUCCGUCUGAAAUCCUUCGAGUCCAGCGUUGGUGUUAGCCGGAAAGCAUUUCGUCUCGGGAAAUUCGUGCAAGACGUGAACGCACUCCGUUCGGCUAAUAUUAGUUCGAAAGAAGAUUUACUUCUCUCGAUUUUAGCUUAUGGAGGUGAGGGAUUGUACUAUUUUGUUGAGCAAUUUGUUUGGUUAGGAAAAGCAGGGUUGAUUGAUAAGAAGAAUUUGAAUAGUUUACAGAAGAUUAGUGCGUGGUGUGAGUUUAUUGGUUAUAUUGGAAGUGUGAGUUUGAAGGUUAAGGAAUUAAGCCAAAUUAGUGAAGAUGAGCAGUGUUUGCUUUCGACUCGUGAGGUAUCGAUGAUCAGGGGGAUUGGAUAUGCUGAUGAAGAGGAGAAAUUGAGGAAAUUGAGAUUGAAGAAGUUGAUGAAGAGGUUAUCAGUGAUUCAAGAUUUUGCUGAUGGGUUAAUGGCUUUAGCUGAUAUUAGUGAUGGUAAAGGGAUGCUUUCUGCACCAUUGUUGUUGUCAUCAGCAGGGUUGUUGUCAGCUCUUAUUAGCACACAUAAGAAUUGGAUCUCUUGCUGAUCAUCCAUAGCUGGAUUUGGAGGUAUGGUUUGUGCUUAAUCAAAUGGAAGUUUAUGUUGUCGUAGGAUUAGUUAGUGAUAAAGAUUCAUUUUUUAAAAGUAAUGUAAUGUGUUCUCCCCAAAAUAAGAAGGGAAUUGGGAGAAGGUAUACAAGUGGUGUCAAGUUAUCUUAUUGCAGAUAGAAGAUUUCUAUCUCAAAGAUAGUUACUUUAGUUCCUCAUGACAAUUUUACUUGUUGCAU